GGGGUUUUUAUCAUUUUUGGGGGUGUUUAUCAUUUGCCCCUGCCCAGCUGUCGGUGGUGGAGUACGACCCCGGCACCCACGACCUGAAGACCCUGUCCCUGCACUACUUCGAGGAGCCGGAGCUCAGGGAUGGGUUUGUGCAGAACGUGCACACGCCGCGGGUGCGGGUGGACCCCGACGGGCGCUGUGCGGUGAUGCUGAUCUACGGCACCCGCCUGGUGGUGCUGCCCUUCCGCAGGGACUCGCUGGCCGACGAGCACGACGGGCUGGUGGGAGAGGGGCAGAAGAGCAGCUUCCUGCCCAGCUACAUCAUCGACGUGCGGGAGCUGGACGAGAAGCUGCUCAACAUCAUCGACAUGCAGUUCCUGCACGGCUACUACGAGCCCACCCUGCUCAUCCUCUUCGAGCCCAACCAGACCUGGCCCGGGCGGGUGGCAGUGCGACAGGACACGUGCAGCAUCGUGGCCAUCUCCCUGAACAUCCUGCAGCGCGUCCACCCCGUCAUCUGGUCCCUGAGCUCCCUCCCCUUCGACUGCACACAGGCCCUGCCCGUCCCCAAACCCAUUGGGGGGGUGGUGAUCUUCGCUGUGAACUCCCUGCUGUACCUGAACCAGAGUGUCCCUCCCUACGGGGUGGCCCUGAACAGCCUCACCUGCGGCACCACCGUCUUCCCUCUCCGGGUGCAGGAGGGGGUGAGGAUGACUCUGGACUGCGCCCAGGCCACCUUCAUCUCCUACGACAAGAUGGUCAUCUCGCUCAAAGGGGGGGAGAUCUACGUGCUCACGCUGAUCACGGACGGGAUGCGCUCCGUCCGCUCCUUCCACUUCGACAAGGCCGCCGCCUCCGUCCUCACAACCUGUAUGGUGCCGCUGGAGCCGGGGUACCUGUUCCUGGGGUCCCGCCUGGGCAACUCCCUGCUGCUCAAGUACACCGAGAAGCUGCAGGAGCCCCCGGCUGGGGCGGGCAAGGAGGGGCCUGAGCGCCAGGAGGAGCCCCCAGUGAAGAAGAAGCGCUCGGACUCCUCGGGGCCAUGGGCAGGGGGGAAGCCGUCGGCGCAGGACGAGGUGGACGAGAUCGAGGUGUACGGGAGCGAGGCCGCCUCGGGCACCCAGCUGGCCACCUACUCCUUUGAGGUGUGUGACAGCAUCCUCAACAUCGGGCCCUGUGCCAACGCAGCCAUGGGGGAACCGGCCUUCCUGUCAGAGGAGUUCCAGAACAGCCCCGAGCCCGACCUGGAGAUCGUCCUGUGCUCGGGCUACGGCAAGAACGGGGCCCUCACCGUGCUGCAGCGCAGUAUCCGGCCCCAGGUGGUGACGACGUUCGAGCUGCCGGGCUGUUACGACAUGUGGACGGUCACCGCGCCCCCCCCGCGGGACCAGCCGGAGGCGGCUCCGGGGACGAGCGCGGAGACGGAGACGGCGCCGGCUCCGGAGAGCUCUGAGGAGGAUGGACAGAGACACGGGUUCCUCAUCCUCAGCAGGGAGGACUCCACCAUGAUCCUGCAGACGGGGCAGGAGAUCCUGGAGCUGGACACGAGUGGCUUUGCCACGCAGGGACCCACCGUGUUCGCCGGCAACCUGGGCGAGGGGAAGUACAUCGUGCAGGUGUCCCCCCUGGGGCUCAGGCUGCUCGAGGGAGUGACGCAGCUGCACUUCGUGCCCGUGGAUUUGGGGUCCCCCAUCGUUCACUGCGCUGUGGCCGAUCCUUGGGUCCUGCUCAGCGCCGAGGGCCACCUGGCCACCUUCACCCUCAAGGGGGACACCUACGGCGGCCGCGCCCCCCGCCUGGCCCUACUCCGGCCCCCCGUGUCACACGUGAGUGUCACCUGUGUCCCCAACACCCGUGUCACAC